AUGACAAAUUCUGAGACACACUUCUCAUUCAUCAUUGAUGGACAUAAUGCGACUUCUGCUGGUGAUGGUAUGGCUUUCUUUCUUGCACCUUUUGGGUCUACACUUCCUCCAGAUUCUUGGGGUGGAGCUCUUGGCUUAUUGACUCGAAACGUAUCUGAAAACAAUUUGGAGAAGAAUCAAAUUGUUGCAGUUGAGUUCGACAGUUAUAAAAACCCAUUUGAUCCAAGUUCAGAUCAUGUCGGUAUCAAUGUUAACUCCAUAGUAUCUGUUGCUAAUGUGUCAUUGACAGAUGGUACUGUAAGGGACGGAAGAAAAGCCAAUGCUUGGAUUACUGUUGGAUUUUCAGCCGCCACCGGGUUGUUUUUUGAGGAUCAUAAAGUCCUUUCUUGGAGAUUUAAUUCCACUUUAGAAUUAAUCGAGGUACCAAAAGAUAAUAACAAAACUGGUGAAGGAAAUAAUUAUCAGACAAUAGCACCAACAAUAGCACCAACAAGUACACAAGGGAAAGGUAAUAAAACUGAUGAAGGAAAUACUGAUCAAAACAUAGCACCAACAAGUACACGAGGGACAGCUAAUAAACCCGAUUAA